AUGGGGAAUUUGAUGGAGACAUGCACACAGAGAGCAUUACAGGAAGAGGAGGAGAUGAUGGGAGAAAAGCAAGAAGGAGGAGCAGGGGAGUUUUUCAAGGAAAAAGGUUUGGAGAAAUCGAUGAGAGUUAAGGUUGUUUUGACAAAGGAGGAACUGGAGUGGCUGCUGUUUCAGCUACAGAUUAGAGGAAGUGGAGAGUUGCAGGCUUUCUUGGGAGACUUGGAGAUGAUGAGAAGCAGAGAAAAUAAAGGUUUGGGGAUGGGAGCUGGAGGGUGGAAACCUUCAUUGGAGAGCAUCACUGAGUGCCCUGAGCUGCCUCACACCAUGGAUAGAUAA